AUGGAUUACCUAAUCGCUUUAGAAAAAGUGAAAACCAUCUUUCCCUUUUCUAAGUCGUCGCAGAGAUUGGCAGUCCACAGAUCAGUUGAAACAGAGAGAAAUAAUGAUCUGCAACAUAUUCGGAAAAGCAGUAACGAAAUGGACGGUAAUCGGCCUACCGGAAUACAAGAACUACGAUACCGAAAUCAACAGGGUUGAGUUGGCGACGGUAGCUCUAGCCUGGAAGAACUCGCAGGGAAAGGGAAAAGAAGAAGAAGAGGCCUUGAGAUCUCUGGAGGAUCUUACAGCUCGCAUCGCGCGACAGGAGGACCGAUUCACUCUCGGUUGGAUCUACAACGCCAGCGGUGGGGCGAUCACGCUGCUCGACAGACGUAAUGGCAGUGGUGAUCUUGCUGCUUCAACUCUUUGUCCACUGCGAAUUGAGAAUGGACAAUGGGGUGUGUUUGUUCAUAAACAGAUUUAUUCUGAAUCAUCUGGAGCUGUUGUGUAUGAAGGCUUUGAUUAUCUUAAUUCUACCACUUCUUAUUGGUGUGUUGCUUGGAAGAAUAUCUCAAGGCUUUCCUCUGCUCAGGUGCAUGUGAAGAUAGGAAGAGAUGUAGAUUGGUGCGAGAAUGAAUGGAACAAUGUUUACAAAGCAUUAGAAAGGUGUGGAUCAUUGCAUAGGACCAAAGAGGAAGGAUGGCGUUCAGUUAUCUCAGCCAGCCCGGGCCCUCAUGUUGUCUUUGAAGCACUUCUCACCAUGAAACAUCUCUGAUAAAAGCACUUGAAAAAGCCUUCAUUUUCAUAUCACUUUACUCUCUGAUCUAAGAGUUGUGUGCUUUCAUGUUAUUUAUUUAUUCUCUCAUAAACAGAUCCGUUUCAAAAUAUCUGAUAUGUGUGUUGUUUUUUAUAACAUUUGAGUGAACACUACGUAAUGUAUUUAGCUUAGUAUGAAUGCCAUGUUGAAUGUGUUUUAACUAAGUACUUCAUUAGUAUUGAUUA